CAGGCUGCUGUGCUCCGCCGCAACCUCAGUGGUCAACGCCGACGCUCUCCUGUACCCCCCUUUGUACAUACCAACAGCAUCAAACAACGGACCAGCGCAUGUGCGGAAUACAGUGAAUCUCUCGUCAACGUGAUCUUGUCCAUACGCAUCGCAUCUACAUCUGCCAACCCCUAAAUCCAUUCGGCGCGCUCCCUCGCCCCGAAUCCCGCAGAAAUGGCCAGCAAGCGGUCGAAGGCGGCUCCCACCGACGACGAGCUGGGCGAGCUGUUCGAGGGCAUUGGCGACGACGCGGCCCCCAAGAAGACGUCAAAGGCCAAGCCGGGCGCUCCCAAGUCGAAACCCGAUGCGGCUGCUGAAAACGAUAUCCUCGCCGAGCUUGAGAACGAACUCGGCGAGACGGCGCCCUCCCGACCGCACACCCCGCGCGUCCGCGAUACUGCGCCCAAACCAUCCCCUGCGAAGAGGGCAUCAACCUCCACCCCUCCGCCGCCGCCGCCCGGCACCGACACUGCCACCGCCAGUGCCCCGCGCAGAUCCGUCGAGAGCACCGCGUCCCGUCACACAAGCCUGACCCCGAGCGCGACCAGCUCCGAGCCGCACGAGCCCGAGAAGAAGGCCCAAGCGGCGCAACCAGCCGCAAGCAGCGGGGGCAGCUGGUGGGGAGGGCUGUUGUCCACCGCCGCGGCCGCCAUGAAACAGGCCGAGGCUGCGGUCAAGGAGAUUCAGCAGAACGAGGAGGCCAAGAAGUGGGCGGACCAGGUCCGCGGGAACGUCGGCGCUCUGCGGGGUCUUGGCGACGAACUCCGGCACCGUGCCCUGCCCACCUUCACCAACAUCCUGCACACGCUCGCCCCGCCCAUCUCGUCGCACGAGCGCCUGCUGAUCCACAUCACGCACGACCUCGCCGGCUACCCGUCGCUCGAUCCGCUCAUCUACGGCGUCUUCAGCCGGGUCAUGUCCCAGGUGGAAGGCGGCGACCUGCUGGUGAUCCAACGCGGACAGGAGUCCACGCUGCGCACCCCGUCGGCCGAGAAAGCCGGCGGCCUCUUCGGCGGCGGCGGCGCGCAGCAGUCAUCCGCCGGGUGGCGGGACGGGCCGUGGUGGCGGCAGGCCGACGCGCCGCGCGACCUGGGCCUCGUGCACGGCCUCGUCGAGGGCACCAAGCUGUGCCGGGCGAACGCCGAGGGUUACGCGGCCGAGUACUUCGCGGCGCACGGCGGGAUCGAGCGGGCGCGCCAGCGGGCGCACGAACCGGUCAGCGAGUCCAACCCCGUGCGCAGCUCGGACCUGUUCCUGUCGGUGCAGGCCGUGCGCGUGCCGAGCGACCAGACGCUGUUCGCCGGGUCGGCGGCCGAGGAGAAGGAGAAGCAGGAGUCGGUCGUGGCCGAGGAGGAGGAGGACGACGAGGUGUGCUUUGCCGUGUUCAUCCUCGACCCCGUGCACGAGAUCCAGUACGCGACUGUCAGCCAGCGCGUGCCGGCGCGGUGGAUCCGCUGGCUGGAUGCCCCGGCCACGCCGCUGACGCCCGCGAGCGGGGAUGAGGACUUCCAGGCCGAGUUUGGCCGGGUGCCCGAGGAGAUCCGCGAGAUCAUCGAGAGCGGCGGGGUGGACCCCCGCGAGUGGGUGGCCGAGUGGGUGGAGGAGGCUCUCAGCCUUGCUGUUGGCGUCGUCGCGCAGCGAUACGUUGCGCGCCGGAUGGGCGUGGGCGAGGGCGGCAUUGGCAAGGGCAAGCAGAAGGUCGAGAGCGUGCUGGAAGGUGGAGGGAACUAGGCGGCUAGGGCCGGUCUGAUCUGGUUGCGGUGCCCCCUGUUUGGUGUUGCGUGCUGGGCUGCUUGCUUGGAAACGCGAUGUUAACGGGAAGUGAGAGAGACUAUGAGGAGGGGGCUAAUCAGUCGUGCCG